UAGUAUCCGUUCUUGAAGUCUUGAAUACGAAUUUGAUUCAAUUAAGUUUCCUUCGCGGCUAUUUUCGCUGUAAUUAUUACUAAAGCAGUGGUUUUACUUACCUUGAUGCGAACCAGAGGAGUAAUUUUAGGCUUCGAACCGGGCUUCAAUUACAAUGUUUUUUUGACAAACGUCUGGCCUAGCGCUAUCAUUACCUGGUAAUAAGUCACUGAAAUCAUGGAAAGGGCCCAAUUUUUUUUUUGUUUAUGUUGCAGUCGCGCUAAUUAUCCAUUUUUAUAAGCUGUGGGCAAAUGUUUCGCAGUCGAGUUAAAUUUCACAAGGGAUGUUAAACGUUGACUGUAGAGGAAAAUUGUCGAAGAAGAGAAUCAGUAACAACGCUUCAACGCAAACUAGAAAAAAGAGUAGUUUUAUCACGGAUCAUGUUAGACAGGGCAACAACAGAUAAUUCCUGGCGAAAUUUGCACAAAUUUCCCAGGCCUGCACAACUUCUAACAAUGGAAACUUUUGUACCAUGUAAUAUAUGAACCCUUUAUAGUUUUGCUCUUACAAAAAUCGAACAAAUUUCUUGACGUGCUUAAUAUCUAUCAUGAUAAAACCGUCAUUACGUUACACGUGAAAACUACAUCAAGUUGCAAGAUUAAACUUAUUUACAUGUAGAGCUUUAAAAAGAAAUAUAGCACAGUAUGAAAAAUGUUGAAAAUUUGCCAGAAACAACAUUAAUCCUAAUAUUACGUACUCUCAUUACUAGACGAGCACCAUGUAAAUUUCGCUUCUCAGUGGGUGUCUAUGCACAUGAUUUUGUUAAUGGCUUCUUUUGAACCUUCUUCUUUCGCCCGUCAUGAUUGAUUCUUUUGGCCAGAUUAAGGAAAAAUUUCAAGCAUUGUCAAUGCAACAGGCUAGUUAGGAAAACGCUUGUCGCAAUUAAAUCUCUCACAUUUAAAAGCCGAAGAGAGAAGUAGAGAAUUCAAAGAGAAAAACAACUAAAUAGAUGCUAGUGAAUCUCGGAAUCAACUCUCCUAAGGUUAGAAAAAGAUCUUAGAAACAUCGGUCUUGGACAAGAUUAUAAUCACUUUUUUCCCUUUUCCAGAGUUUUUUCAUUAGUCAUUUUUCCUGAAGAUCAGACACAGUGCCUCGUCUAUAAUAGCUUUGAAACACACCUGAAAAAAGCUGGUUGCACUGUAUGAAAAAUUACAUUGUAACCCUACAUAGCUUUCAGAAGCUAACUAAAAAACAUUGAAGUUUCUUUAGCCUCAAGGCUCCAAUUAAAGGUUACUUUGCCCACCGUUUUGUUUAAUCGACCUCUAAUGUUUAUCAUACUUCUCAUGUAAUUGAUGUCAGAGUGGGUCAAUAGAGAUUAUUGUAUUAUUGUAUUAAAAUUAACUCUAAAUAGCUUUUAGGGGCUAACUCGAAAUCCUUGGGGUUCAAAUAGCCUCUAUGCUCCAAUUAACAUUUACCUUCCUUAUUAUUUUGUUAAAUCAACCUGCAAUGGGUAUAAUACUUUUCAUGUAAUUAGUGUAAGUAUGGGUCAAUUGAGGUUAUUGUUUUAUUGUAUUCUUUUGUGUUGACGCCUAAUUUAAAUCUACAGUCAAAUAGAUUGUACACGAAAUUAAGUUCCUACAGUCAUCCAGUCAGUCAGGGCAGUCACCAAGUUGGAUUCAAGGAAUUCAGUGAGGCAUUUUAAAGCGGUAUUGAUUCACGGUUUAAGAAUUACAGUAGCUAGUUUAGUGCUGUGUUAAUACUCCUUGUUCACCAUCUCCAGCUGAGCACAGAAUGAAGGUUUUAGGCCUGAAUUCUUUUGGGAUCUGCUUGUCGCUUGCCAGCUUUGUUACCGCAAUAGGCUCCAGCUCAUUAAAGAACACGCUAGUUGCUGAUUAUGAUGAAACGUUAAGCCCUGGAUUCUAUGGAGACUCACCUGUGGAAGUGUUGGUUCAGCUCCUUGUGGAAUCAUUUGGAAAUAUUCACGAGGCCGACAUGGAAUUCCAGGUCUUCUCGUACUUUAUCCAAAGCUGGACGGAUAAUAGACUGGCAGGGAAAUUAAAUCGAAGCAUUACCCUUAAAGGGGGUGAUAUCGACCUCGUAUGGACCCCUGACGCAUACUGUUACAACGCUCGUGCGACAAAUCUAAUGUUACCGAACUUGGAAACGCAUAGCAAAGUCUCUAUCAGUCCUGAAGGUGAUCUUGUCUACAGCAGGGGAGUGUCAUUCACUGCAUCUUGUGUGAUGGAUCUGCGCAGUUUUCCCCACGACAGUCAAACGUGUCAUUUAAAGUUUGGAAGCUGUAAGUAUCGAACGAUAACAUCGAUUAUUCUGUUCAUUACGCUGGGGGAGGGGUAUUCUACUAAGUUUCAUAAGGGGAGCUCACCACAUUUUCAUUUUUGUUAUGAUAUGGGCAUAAAAUUGGCCAAAAAAAACAAGUGGUUAAUGGAGACUUGUUCGCCACAUCUUUUUUCAGACUCACCUGUGGAAGUGUUGGUUCAGCUCCUUGUGGAAUCAUUUGGAAAUAUUCACGAGGCCGACAUGGAAUUCCAGGUCUUCUCGUACUUUAUCCAAAGCUGGACGGAUAAUAGACUGGCAGGGAAAUUAAAUCGAAGCAUUACCCUUAAAGGGGGUGAUAUCGACCUCGUAUGGACCCCUGACGCAUACUGUUACAACGCUCGUGCGACAAAUCUAAUGUUACCGAACUUGGAAACGCAUAGCAAAGUCUCUAUCAGUCCUGAAGGUGAUCUUGUCUACAGCAGGGGAGUGUCAUUCACUGCAUCUUGUGUGAUGGAUCUGCGCAGUUUUCCCCACGACAGUCAAACGUGUCAUUUAAAGUUUGGAAGCUAUGCCUAUGAUGAUAGUGACGUCAUCUUUAAGUGGAAAAAUUCCGACGUGCAUGUCAGUCGUGAUAACAUGGCGCAGUUUCAAUUCAUGGGCGCAAGCUUUACUUCCAACCAAGACAGUUACCUGAAUGUAAACUUUACCACCAUAACAGUCUCCUAUACCUUCAAACGUCGCCUGGGCUACUACCUAUUACAGGUUUUCGUUCCUGACAUCCUGAUUGUCCUGAUUAGCUGGAUUGUGUUCUGGAUGAGCCCAGAUAGCGCCGGUGACCGGUUAACGAUAGGAAUCACCACCAUUCUCACCAUCAUGUUCCUGUCUGGAGCCAUUAACGCCUCCAUGCCGCCGGUCAGCUAUGCUAAGGCUUUAGACUGGUACCUGUUGGUCUCGUUUGGAUUCAUAUUCUUCUCUGUCAUUGAGAGUCUAGUAGUGUUUUUGCUGUCUUCACGGCCACUUGGAAAAGAUUGCAAUUACAACAAAGAUGAAAUGAUUCGCCACUCGAUUAAAUCCAAACUGCUUCCAUGUGUUAAGUAUCAAAAACGAAAGGCUAGAAUAGCAAAACAUAAAGUCCCGGAUGAAGACCAGGCUACUGAGAUGAACAUCAUGGUAAAAGACAAGUCAUUACCCAUGUCAUUAGAAGACAUAGUCACCAUGGAGGAUAAAGCACGCAUUGAAGAAGGCAUGCGCAGAAGCAAGAUAACUGCUGUACGAAUUGACCAGAUAUCUCGAGUUUUGUUUCCGUUAUCUUUUGCGAGUUAUACUUUCGGUUAUUGGCUCACGUAUUCGUAAAGCAGAAUGUAAGUGCUUUCCCGGCAUCAGGCAAGAAUACAGCCAUAGUUAGAGCAAGAGGUUUCUAAAUGCGCGAAAGUGAGGUGCGUUUAAGUAGAAAAAUAAGUAUCAACCGACAGCGAAAUAUCGUUUGCGUGAUGGUAUUGAGUUCACCGUUUUAUCGUUGCUGUUGCUAGGCAACAUAAGACUUAUCACGCUAUUGCACCGUGACGCGUGAUAAUGUUCGUUGUAUAGGUAGUACAUAUCCAAUAUAUAGGUAAAUGACGGCUACGAACCGGUAAAAUUGUAAUUAAAGUGUUGCUUUAGGGUACAUCAUGUCGACCUUUGGUCGACUCAUGCAGUGCACACAAGAUGUGUCAGGUUGAUUAUUGGGCCAUUUUAUUGGGUUUCAUUUUAAAACUUGGCCAUUUGUCACUUUGUCAGUUUAAGUUUCAGUCUUCUGACAAUUGUCAGUCAGUAUUUUAAGGUUUGCGAACCUUAAACUUUCAGGUUUGUUAGUUCUUGUUUGCCCGGAUGAGGCGGUAUACUUUUUCUUAUCCCAUGUAUAACCCUCGUAAAUAUUUGUUACUCGGCCUUGUUUAUCAUUUCAGGCUGAUUUCAUUUAUGUAGGAGUUUUUCUGUGACAAACAAAUACAUUGGAAUCCCUUUCACCUGACAACCAAUUGGACCACCAACCGGUGAUAUUAAAGGAACCGUACGUGACCGAGAAUAGUUUUUGUUCGGUCAAUAUCCAUUUCCUUUAAGAUAUUAAAUCAAUAUUUAGUACUCGCUUACGUGUAACAGCCAGUAUCCAUCAAACCACUUCCACUCCUGUCACAGUUUUUCGGUUGUCAGUGACCAAUCCAGUUGAACUAGCUAAUAAACUAGACCAGACGUCGCAGAAGCAACGGCCUAACUAAACAUAUGGGGAGCGCAAACUGCAGGAUUAUCUCGAAGGAAUCAAAAUACAAAAUAUAAAGUAUUAAAUACAUGAAAACGCGA